AUGGAUCUCUCCAUCAAUAGACUGCAAACCAGACGGGCAUUAAAUUUUAUUUCUCCCCCCAGCCCAGCGGACCCCGCCUCCGAGCGCCUAAGCCUGGCGUCCUUCCUCAUAUCCCGCGCUAGCCGCAACCCUCAACUGGCCAACUACCUCUACUGGUACCUGCUGGUUGAGUGCUGCGAGCGCGCCACGCAGGAGACGCCCAUGUACCUCACCGUCAUGAAGACUUUCUCACAGACGCUUCUCAAAGGAAACGCGGAGCAACAAAGAAUCCGCACAUUCCUGGCGCGCCAGCAAGUGUUCAUCGACAAACUAGUCAAACUGGUCAAGACCGUCGCCAGGGAAAGCGGCAACCGGAACAGAAAAACGGAAAGACUUCAACAACUACUAGCUGAUCCGGACGCAUUCAAAUUUAAUUUCACCAACUUUGAACCAAUGCCUUUUCCCCUAGACCCGAGUGUCACUAUCAAGGGAAUCGUCGCCAAAAAGGCUAGUCUAUUUAAGUCAGCGCUAAUGCCGUCAAAGUUAACGUUUUUGACGACAGAGGGCGUUGAAUACGAGGCCAUUUUUAAACAUGGCGACGAUUUGCGACAAGACCAACUGAUUCUGCAAAUGAUUACGCUAAUGGAUAAGCUUUUGCGGAGAGAGAAUUUAGAUUUGAAGCUAACUCCUUACAAAGUGCUGGCCACUUCGUCUAAGCACGGUUUUCUUCAGUUUAUUGAGUCGGUGACGGUGGCGGAAGCGUUGGCUACAGAAGGCAGUAUACAGAAUUUCUUCAGGAAACACAACCCGUGUGAAGGCGCCCCGUAUGGCAUCAAGCCUGAAGUCAUGGACACGUAUAUAAGGAGUUGCGCCGGGUAUUGCGUCAUCACUUAUUUACUUGGCGUAGGCGACCGGCACCUCGACAACUUACUCCUGACAAAACAAGGCGCGCUAUUCCACAUAGACUUCGGCUACAUCCUGGGGCGGGACCCCAAGCCUCUUCCUCCGCCCAUGAAGCUGAGCCGCGAGAUGGUGGAGGGCAUGGGCGGGCCCGCGCAGGAACCGUACCAGGAGUUCAGGAAGCUGUGCUACACGGCGCUGCUGCAUUUGAGAAGACACGCGAACCUGGUCCUCAACUUAUUCUCGCUGAUGGUGGACGCGUCGGUGCCGGACAUCGCGCUCGAGCCGGACAAGGCCGUCAAGAAGGUGCAGGACAAACUGCGUCUGGACCUGGGCGACGAGGAGGCGGUGCACUACCUACAGAACCUGAUUGACAUGUCGGUGACGGCCGUCAUGGCGGUCUUAGUGGAACAAUUCCACAAGUUCGCGCAGUACUGGCGCAAGUGAAGCCUUAGUCACAGUUAUACAUAUGCAGUUCAACUAUAAAGCCAUGAAAACGAGAUGCCAUGAAAAAAUAAUCGAUCUAUUGUAUUGAUUGAAGCACAAAUCCGUUAAAAAAACCAUUAUCAAUCGGCAUUAUAUUUUUGAAAUGAUACUAAAUAACUGACAAUGAUAAAAAGUGAAAAUCGCACUCUUUAUUUUCAUGACUUUAUAGUUGGACUGUAAUUGAUUGGCUCUUUGUUGAAGGAUUGGGGUUGAGGAUUGAAGAGAUGGAAACUGUUUUAGUUGUAAUAGUUCCGCCGCCGCAACUCGGAUUCGUUAUCGACGUAGAGAAACGUCGCUAUAUGGCAAUUAGCCGUAAAUACGGCGCUGUGAUUGGUGGACACGCAUAAAACGGGUUUAUCAACGUCGAUAACUGUGUAGUGGCCGCUGAAUGUUAUUUGUACGUUCAAGUCAAAGUAAUUGAACUGAAACAAUUUUGUUGUCAGUUUUAGUUUUCUUUCCAUUGAUCCAUAAAUUCUGUCUUCGCUACUUAUCAGUUUAUUUCAUUAAAAUAUGUAAUCGAACUGUAUGGAAUAUCUAACCGAAACAGCUUGUAUAAAUGUUUGGCGGCCAAUUAUGCAAUUCCAUGAUCAACUUUAAUAUAAUAUCAUACUAUUUAUAAGAAAGAUAUUGUACAUAGUUUAAUUUUGUACUGUGAUGUAAAAACUAGGUAGGAAUUUAUAUGAUAAUGAAAUACCUAAUAAACUUUAUAAAAAUUA